UUUACAUUUGAUUUGAAAGUAUAUCGCCGAGGUGCGAAAUACUGUGAGGAGAGGCUCCGGGGCUGAGGAGAAAAGAGGAGAAGCUUCUAGGUUAGACUUAAAAGAAUCCUAACACAUUAUGGCCAUUGCUCAGCUCUCUCACUCCAUCAGAAUUCACAAGGCAUCUAAGGAAACAAUUUUCCCAUCCCAAAUUACUGAUGAGCGUGAGUCACUGGUAAUGGUGAAGAAACUUUUUGCUACUUCUAUCUCAUGUAUAACAUAUUUAAGGGGGCUGUUUCCAGAGAGCUCUUAUGGAGAACGCCAUUUGGAAGACCUCAGUUUAAGAAUCCUCCGAGAAGAUAAAAAAUGUCCUGGGUCACUGCAUGUUAUCAAAUGGAUUCAAGGUUGUUUUGAUGCUAUGGAAAAGAAAUACCUACACAUGGCAGUACUUACACUUUAUGCAAAUCCUGAGGAACCUGAGAAAGUGACUGAGAUAUACCAGUUCAAAUUCAAAUACACAAAAGAAGGAAUCACUAUGGAUUUUGACAGAUUCUUGAUAUUGCAUAUGAUUGAAAAGUAUGCUGUUUUUCUAUGUUGUUAUGGCAGUAAUACAAGCAUUGGAACUGGGACAAAGAGUGAAGAUAUCAAGAAAGCCAGUAUUCUACUGAUCCGUAAAUUGUAUAUACUGAUGCAGAACCUUGGACCCCUUCCUAAUGAUGUUACACUUACUAUGAAACUGCACUACUAUAAUGCAGUGACCCCACAUGAUUACCAGCCCCCUGGCUUUAAAGAAGGUGUAAACUCACACAUCCUGCUGUUUGAAGGGGAGCCCAUAAACCUGCAAGUGGGAAUGGUUUCAACUGGCUUUCAUAGCAUUAAACUAAAAGUCAUAACUGAGGCCACCAGAGUGUUCGAUUUGGAGAAUAAUCUCUUUCAGGAGAACAGCACCACUGAGAUUGCUCAUCAGGGUCUAGACUGUGAUGAGGAAGAAGAGGAAUGCAAUGAUCAAAUUCAUAGGACAAACGUUGCAUACAGUCAGCAAAGUUCUGAGAGCUCCAGAAAGAAGAGGAAGAUUUCAUUUACCAUUUUAUGGAUGGGAAGACGCAUUCACAGGUCAGCUGAUUUCUGGAUGUGGGUUCCGCACGUUAAGUUGAUCCAGCUGGUGUAAUUGUAAGCCUUCAGC